GCGCAUAUUGUAAGUCGUCAUUCUCCAUGUGGGUCGUAUUGUGUUGUGGAGUUAACAACACUUUACGCCGAAUUUUUUCGUAGUUUAUCGUAUAAUUCAUUGACCAAAACCAGAGAAACAUCAAAUAUGAUCUUAACCCUUUGGGAUUAAUACAAAAUUUUGAGAAAUGCCUGUUAUGGCAAACGAAAAACCUUCUGCUGAACAUGUAGGACGGGAGUUUGUUCGUCAAUAUUACACAAUGUUGAACAAAGAUCCAAGGCAGGUUCACAGAUUUUAUUCCAAAGAUUCUGUGUUCUUUCAUGGUGGUCCUGGUAACUUGCGCUGUAAAAACCCUGUAGUUGGACAAGAGGAGAUAUAUGAACAAAUAGAAAAUCUCAAUUUUAAGGAUUGUCAUGCAAAAAUACUUCAGGUUGACAGCCAAUUCACUGUCAGUGACAGUGUUGUUGUGCAGGUGUGUGGUGAGUUUUCUAACAAUGGAGAACCAACAAAGAAAUUUGUUCAGACAUUUGUUCUUGUCCCAGAGGGAUCUAAAAAGUAUCAUGUUCGAAAUGAUAUCUUCAGAUAUCAAGAAGAUGGCUUUCCAGAUGAAGUUAGCGAUGAAACUGGUGAUCUUGCAAAUGAAUCUGAAGGUGAUGAUGAAGUUAUAGAUGAAAGAGAACUGGACAACAAAUCGGAACAAUUCAACAACUCAGUUAAUGUUGAUUCUGAUCAAACUUCUGCUGUAUCUGUAAGCUAUUCUCCAGAAAAUGAACAGAAAAAUGGUGCCAUGCAAAAUGGAACUUCUGAUAUGCACGAUGAAUUUGGAAACGAUGAAAAGGAGACAAAUGAUGAAACUGAACUUGAAGAAGUCGUUGUUGACAAUCCGUUUAAUGUGGAGGAAUCAGCUUCUGCAGCUUGUAAUGAAGAAAGUAUCUCAGACAACCAUGCAAAUGAUGAUGCAGUUUACCAACCAGAAGAGGUCCCAGAUUUCAAUGAUAUUCAAAACACUGAAAGCCCAGCUGCAGAUGAAGAUGCAGUAGAACAGUCCAUCGAAGAAACAAAUGAGAAAGGAGAUGCAGUUGAACUUAAACAAGAGUCAUCCGGUCCUGUUUCAUGGGCUGCUCUCGCUAGCAAGACGCCAAAGCCCGGUGCUCAGUCCACCCGGUCAUAUGAACCCAAGAAGCAACUAGUGACGACUUCGGUUCAUUCUAACCCCGAGCAUGUUUCAAAAAGUCAGCCCCAACGGUCUGGCGGAGUCAGUCGAGGAAAUGUUGGCACAAAUAAUUCAGGCUCGAAGGAUCGAUUUAAUGGAAGAAAUGCCCCUGAUAAUUGCCAAGUGUUUAUUGGCAAUCUUCCUUACGGUCUUGAAGAGCAAAAAGUAUAUGAUGCAUUCUCACAUUUUGGAAAGAUUGUCGACGUCCGUUUGAAUCCCAAGAAUUUUGGUUUCGUUAUUUUUGACUCUCCAGAACCAGCCGAACAAGUUUUAAAGCAUGUGCCAAUACAAAUAAAUGGACAAGACAUAAAUAUCGAAGAAAAGAAACCUAGUGGUUCUUUUGGUCGUGGUGGCCGUGGUGGAUUGCCAGGUAAUCGAGGGAAACCAGGUGCAUCAGGUAGAGGUGGUAUGAAUGCUCGUGAGGGCAAGCGUGCUACAGGGGGGAAUGCAGCUGCAGGUGGACGUGGUGGAACAGGAGGAGGGCAAAAUAACUCUACCGCACGUGCAAGGCGUGAUAGAAGAUAAACUCUAAAUAUACACAACAGUCGUUGAACAAAAACACGUGAAAUAGUCAAAUAGACAAAGCAGUUUACCCCAUUGUAAUAUGGAAUAAAAUUUGAUAAAGACUCAAUCGUAGAUCAUCAAUAACAUUGAAAUACUUAGUAUAUCAGUGUGUAAAUUUUAACUGAAAUAAAUCGUUUCUAACAGAA